AUGUCAAACCUAUACAAAUUAAUGACCAAGUGUGUAACCAAAGCUGUGCAAGUAGAACUAGAGGAAAGAGAUAUAAUCACAGAGAACCAAUUAGGUACAAUUAGAAAUGUCCAAGGAGCAAAGGAACAAGCGAUGAUUAAUAUAGCCUUGAAUAAGAAAUAUGACAAUAAUCUAAAAACUGCAUGGAUUGACGUGAAAAAAGCUUUUGACUCUAUAAAUCAUAGAUUCUUAUCAAAAUGUAUUGAGUGUUUAAAAUUCCCCAAAUGGGUUGAGCAGUUUAUAAAAGGAAUCAUGACUAAAUGGAGACACAAUAUACUAUACAAUAAUGAAAUGGUGAUAUCUAAAAAUAUUAAAAAAGGAAUACUACAGGGAGACAGUUUAUCUCCAUUAUUGUUUAUAAUAAUAAUGGACCCUCUUAGUAAAUUACUCAAUAGCAUGUUUCCAAAAGUCCAAAUUCCAAUUAAUGAGAAGAGAAGCUAUUGUACAAAUCAUUUACUGUUUAUAGAUGAUUUGAAAAUUAUGGCGGAAAGAGAAUCAACUUUACAAAUAAUAACGAAUGAAACUAAAAGAUUUUUUAGUAUAGUAGGCCUCGAAAUAAAUACCGAUAAAUCUGCUACUAAUUCUCUAAUUCUAGUCAGUGAUUCAGUUCUCUUGACAAAUAAUGAUUGUUAUAAAUAUUUAGGAAUAAUAGAAGAUAAAUCAAGUAGACCCACAAGAACAAAUUGGGAAUUAAUAACGAGCAAGAUAAAGGCCGGGGUUAAUAAACUAUGUAGUAAUAAUUUACACGGAAGAAAUUUAACGAGAGGAAUAAAUGAAUACGCUACUUCAUUACUGAACUACUAUAUAAGAUUAUUAGAUAUAUAA